AGACUUUGAUGACGACAAUUUAAAGAAAACAACGAAAUUAUACAAAAAAAAUUAAAAGUAAUAUAUAUAAGACCAACUUUUUGAGGCUCCUCUUGUUUAUAUUAAAAAGUUUUGCGAAGAUCGUCUUCAGUUGCUUAAGAUCGAUUUAACUGUACGAUCUGUUUUUGGUUCUUUUUGCUGACCUUAGACUGAUUCGUUUAUCGUUAAGUGAUCGUGGUUUAGUUUAUUUAUUUCGAUUUAAUCAAACAUCUACGUAUUAUUGGCUGUGAUUUUGUGUGUAAAGUUAUAUUUUAUAUUUUAUUCUAAUUUUUUCCGAACGUUAAUAAAAAACAAAACGAACAUGAUGAGCCUUCGUGCAGUUUUUUGCAUGGUGCUCGCCAUCUUGCCUCUGCAAGAAAUUCUUGCCGCCCGCGUAGUUGACAAAGAGAACCGCAGGUUAAUCUUAGAUAUCCAAGACAAGAAAACUACAAACAAUCAAUACUAUACCUCAAACUUUGACACAAGUGCCUACCGUUACGGUUACGAUAUCGGUGAGACCGGUAAUUUUCAUCAUGAAUCACGUGGCCCAGAUGGGGUUACGUACGGUUGUUACGGAUGGAUUGAUCCGUAUACCGUGCUGAGGGUAGUACAUUAUGUAGCAGAUGCUCACGGCUACAGGACCGUUGAGCCUCAAAAGCCAGUAGAGGUGUUCCCUGAAGCUGGUGACAGUUCGAUGCAGAGCUUCGAACAACGAGCGAAACGAGUGGGUGUUAUGGUAGCUUGGGAAGAAUUGUACUUCCCAGUCGGGUGUGGUAAAUUCGAAGGUGGAGCCCGACCGGAUUUCCCAGUUUUCGAUUUUCAAUCAGACGACACUGAUAAGAAGCCGUUGUUCACUGGAUUUGACAUUAAUUUUGCAAAAAAGAAGCCCGCGAAGACGGGUAGCGCAUCCGACAUCGGAGGCUUUAAUAGCAUACGACAAGAUACUAACAAAAAAGGUCCCAUUGUAUUAAAAGGAUCAGCAGAGAAAAGCUUACCUAUCUAUGGAAGCAAUCAAGGAAGUGGAGGAAGCCGACCAGGAAAUGUGGGCAAAGUAGCUGUUAAUAAAAUUAACGGCGCAAGUAGCAUAAGAGGCAGUAGUAGUUUUAAGAGCGACGGUUCGAAUGAUUCGGGCAAGUAUACCCACGUUGAUGGAGGGGUAGGUCCAGGAGCAGAUCCAUAUGGUCACAUUGUUGGUCAGAACGGUGGCACCGGCGGAUUUGGGUCCGGAGGAGGCUUAGGGUCAGAUGGUCCUAAUAGAUCUAAUAACGGCCCUAAUGGACCCAAUGGUCCUAAUGGCCAAAACGGUCCCAAUGGCCCAAGUGGUCCUAAUGGCCCAAGUGGUCCCAAUGGACCAAACGGUCCAAAUGGACCAAACGGUCCAAAUGGACCAAAAGGUCCUGCUGGAGCUGGAGACAGAUUCGGUAUAGGAGGUAACACCGGCGUUGGUCCCCCAGGUAGAGGUGGAGGAUUUGGAGCUGGUACAAAUUCAGGCUUUGGGGGAGGAAUAAAUAAGGGACAAGGGGGCUCAUCUGGAUUUGGAGACGGAAUAAGUAGUGGUCAAGGUGGAUCUUCUGGAGCUGGCAAUAAAAAUAGCAACGGUCAAGGUGGAUCAGCAGGCUUUGGAAGUGGAAAUAAUAGAGGCCAAGGUGGAUCGUUUGCACCUGGAAGAGGAGGUAACAGAGGUCAAGGAGGAUCGUCUGGGCUUGGAAGUGGCAAUAACAGCGGUCAAGGAGGAUUGGCAGGGCUCGGGGAUGGAUUAAACAAAGGUCAAAGUGGAUCUUCUGGUGUUGGAGGUGAUAUAAACAGAAGCCAGGGUGGAGUAUCCGGACUUGGAAGUGGACUAAAUAGAGGCCAAGGUGGAUCUUCUGGAUUUGGAAAUAAAAAUAACAGAGGUCAAGGUGGAUCGACUGGGCUUGGAAGUGGUAAUAACAACGGUCAAGGUGGAUCGUCUGGGCUUGGAAGCGCUGGUAACAACGGUCAAGGCGGAUUGUCAGGCUUCGGUCAAGGUGGAUCAUCUGGAUUUGGAGUUGGACUAAAUAAAGUCCAAGGUGGAUCUUCUGGAUUUGGAAAUACAAAUAACAGAGUUCAAGGUGGAUCGUCUGGGCUCGGCAGUGGCAAUAACAGCGGUCAAGGAGGAUCGUCUGGUGUCGGCAGUGGAUUAAACAGAGGUCCAAAUGGAUCUUCUGGACUCGGAGGUGAAAUAAACAGAGGUCAAGGCGGAUCUUCUGGUUUCGGAAAUGGCGCUAACAGAGGUCAAGCAGAAUCUUCUGGAAAAGGUAGCUUAAACAGCAACGGGACUGGAGGAUCGAAAAUCACAAGUGCAUCCACACCACUAAUUGACGGUCUCUUUGGCAAUGAUGUUCAAGGAAGUGAAGGAUCAUUCGGAAAUAGAUUCAAGCCUAGUGGACAGACAUAUUUGGAUAAAUCAAAUGAAAGCGGACAGCAAAAUAGUCAAUUCAAUGGUCAAUUAUUUGGAACAAAACCCUCUUUAAGUACAGCAGCUGAUGGCUCCCAAAGUCUUACCGGGGUCAACAACAACAAACUAGACGUUUUCGACUAUGGUUUUCAUCGCGGUGAAGCUUCAAAUCCAUCCCCAUCUACAGUCAGUCCAUUAACUAAAGCCACCAAAGCAGGAAUCUAUAAUCAAGGAUCACAAAAUAAUUUCGAUGGUAAAUUCAAAGGAGAUAACAAUGAUGGCAAAUACGUCGAAAAACCUGUGCCUUACAUUCACGUUGAAGGUGAACAUGGUCCGGGAGCUGAUCCCUAUGCACAUGUUAUAGGUUUAGAAGGUGGUUUUGGAGGUACUGGAGGAAAUGGAGGUGCUGGAGGGUUAGGUGGAGUCGGUGGUAUUGGAGGAAACGGAUUAGGAGGGCCUUCUGGUCCACAAGGACCAAGCGGUCCCUUCGGAUCUCCAGGUCCGCAAGGACCAAACGGACCCUUCGGAUCUCCUGGACCACAAGGCCCGAACGGACCCUUUGGACCACCAGGAGUAGGUGGAUUGAGUAAACCAGGUUCAAAUGGGCCACCUGGACCUCCAGGACGACAGGGACCUCAAAAAAUAAGUAACUCAGGUCUGAAUGGGCCACCUGGACCUCCCGGUCCAAAUGGACCUAAGAAAACAAGUAACUCAGGUCUGAAUGGGCCACCUGGCCCAUUAGGUCCUCAGCAACCAGGCGUAGGAGGACCAUCUGGAUCACGUGGUCAGCCAGGUCCACAAAGAGGACAAGGACAAUCAUCCAAAUAUAACUCACAAGGAAGCUAUACCCAAGUAACACAAAAUACCGGUAAUGGAAAAUUCAGAGGGGAUAACAAUGAUGGCAAAUAUGUUGAAAAGCCAGUGCCUUAUGUUCAUAUUGAAGGAGAACAUGGCCCAGGAGCUGAUCCCUACGCACAUAUUGCUGGUUCAGAAGGUGGCUUCGGAGGAAUUGGAGGCGUUGGAGGAUUCGGCGGAGUUGGUGGUGUUGGAAAUAAUGGAGCAGGAGGUCCUAAUGGACCUUCAGGACCAAAUGGACCUUCCGGACCAAAUGGACCUUCCGGACCAAAUGGACCUUUCGGAUAUCCCGGACCACAGGGGCCAAAUGGCCCACCUGGAUUGAGUAAACCAGGUUCAAAUGGGCCACCUGGACCUCCAGGUCCACCAGGUCCGCAGGGAUCCGGUAACUCAGGCUUCAGUGGACCACCUGGUCCACCAGGACCUCGAGGACCAAGCAAAUCAGGCCCAGCUGGACCAUCUGGACCCUCAGGUCCCAGUAAAACAGGUUCAAGCACAACACUAAACUCAAACAAAUCAGGCGGCAACAUUAACUCGAAUAUUUACAAUCAGAAAACGGAAGAUAAUUCUGGCAAAUAUGUAGACACUUCUGUUAAUGGUCCACAAGGUGGAUUUGGUAAUAAGGGAAGCCUUGGACAAGGAGGAGUAGGAACAAUAGGCCAUUCUGGUCCAAGUGGUUCAUUAGGAACCCCAGAUUCAAGAGGACCUAUUAGAGCAAAGCCAACUGAAAAUCGGCAACACGUAUCCCAAACGCAAAGUUCUCUGACCGGUCAAUCGUCAGAUCAUCAAGGAAGUUAUGUUCAAGCUUCCCAAAAACCUGGUGCAGGUGAUAGCUCAGGGCUGUACGUAGACACUUCGGUGCCAUAUCAGCAUAUUGAAGGUGUACAUGGUCCAGGAGCUGAUGCCUAUGGCCAUGUUGAGGGUGAACAAGGUGGAGUUGGUGGAGUUGGCGGAAUUGGAGGCGUCGGUGGAGCAGGCGGAGUAGGCGGUAAUGGCGGUUUCGGCGGAGUUGGUGGAAAUGGAAAUAACGGUCCUAAUGGACCAACAGGGCCUUCGGGACCCUCUGGACCUCAAGGACCUAAAGGACCAUUUGGACUACCAGGUCCCCCCGGUCCACCCGGAUCAUUUGGACCUAGCAGACCAGGCACAUCAGGAAUUCCCGGACCAACAGGACUACAAGGACAAUCAGAUAAUUCGAGACCCGGAUUUGGCGGUGUCAUCGGAGCCCCAGGAAAACCAGGCUCAUCGAAUCCUGGUAGACCUGGACCUCCAGGUCCACCAGGACCUACAUCAACUGGCUUACGCAAUCCAAACCAACAACCAACGGACAACCAAUAUCAAUUCCUAAGUCAGUCUGGUUUUCCUGGGUUCAACGCACAGGAUUCAGGUUAGCAAGAAUGUGAAAACUGUGCGAAACCAUUUCUUGUAGGUUUUUGUUUAUAAUGCAACUAAUAACAUUUCCUCUAACUUUUAACCUAUUUAACUGAAGCUAUUCACGCUUGAUGGUAAAAUUAAUUAAUCAACUAAAAUAAAUUCUUUUGUAAAAUUGCAAAUUAAUUUCAAUUUUAUAAAAACUUUGUUUUCUUACAGGUACCACUUUAAGCAAUUUUGCCAAAUUGGGUUUUUUCACUAUCAAGCGUGAAUUCUUCUGAUAUAUUAUAUAUACCAUAGCCAAACAAAAUAAAAACAAACAACUAAUUAAUAUUUCUCAAUAAUAACAAAUCUCUUCCAGAAUGGCCGUUAACCCCUCCGUUUUAAUCGUAUAUGUAUAAUGUUAACCGUAACAGCACAAUGACUACACAAUCUGCCUAUUUAUUUAUUAAUUUUGCAUCAUAUGAUUUCUCAUCAACAAAACCAAAAAACUAACCUUCAUUUUUCAUUAAACUUAAGCUUUAAAUAAUAUUUUAUUAAAAAAAUUGUUUGUGUUAUGGAUGCGGGGCUGAAUCUUAAUUUAAGGCUUCAUUUGCUUUGAAAUGCACCCUUUGUUUAUUAUGUUUGAUUUAUCCUGAAAUUAAAUUUUUU